ACUGUAGUUUCGCAGCCAACUUCGUUUCAUAAUCUCUUUUUUUUUUAUAAGUCCAAGAUGGCAAAUCGUGGUGGAAAUCGUAAUCGUAGUGAGGAACCAGAGAAUGCAAUUGCAUACGUACAAUGUGAUGGUUUAGCAGUUAUGAAAAUGGUGAAACAUUGCCAUGAGGAGUCAAGUAACAUGGAUAUGGCGCAGGGCGCAUUACUUGGUCUUGUUGUCGACAAAUGCUUAGAAAUCACUAACUGUUUUCCUUUUCCCAAAAGUGGAGAUGAGAAUAUGGACGAAGAAAUGUAUCAACUUACAAUGAUGCGAAGGUUAAGAAGGGUUAACGUAGAUCAUUUCCAUGUCGGCUGGUAUCAGAGUUCGGACGUUGGCAAUUUUCUUUCAAUGGCCUUACUAGAAUCACAAUACCAUUACCAAACUAGCAUAGAGGAAUCCGUUGUAGUCAUCUAUGAUACACAAAAAUCUGCACGAGGAUUUUUGUGUUUAAAAGCAUAUCGCUUAACGCCACAAGCGAUACAAAUGUACAAGGAAGGUGAUUUCACGCCCGAUGCCUUACGGAACCUGAAAGUUGGCUAUGAAUCACUUUUUGUAGAAAUACCUAUUGUAAUUAAAAACUCUCCAUUGACAAAUAUAAUGAUGAGUGAACUAAACGAAAUGCUGCCAGAAGAACAGGGACACAACUUCCUAGACUUAGGUACUGCAUCUGUAUUAGAAAAUCAUAUGCGGUGCUUAAUUGAACGCGUAGAUGAACUCUACCAAGAAUCUAUACGCUACAAUAAAUACCAACAAGUGGUAUUUAAGCAAGAAACGGAAAAGCAUCGUGCCUUAGCCAAACAAGCUGCAGAUAAUGCAGUUCGUAUAUCAAAGGGCGAAUCACCAGUACCAGAAGAUGAAGUGCUCAAAUUAUUCCGACCACUGCCUGUGCCACACAGGCUUAACGCCACUAUUACAUCUGGUUUAAUAAACACUUAUUCGCAGCAUAUAUCACAAUUCUGCUCUCAAUCAUUAGCUAAAUUAUUUAUAACACAAUCACUGCAGCACGCCAAGGAGUCCAAAUCCAACGCCAAAUAAACUCAAACGUCUUAAAGAAAGAUAGAAUCGCCAGAAUUCAAGUUAAUUGCGUCAAAGAAAAGAAAUAUUUUUGAGGUAUUCGUAUUUUUAUUUACUUAUAAUAUUUUAAAUUAUUUUUCAGCAUUAAUUAAGCAAUUCUAAAAAUAAAAUAUUCAAUUAUUUAAAAAAUUUUUUUUCAAAUUAUCCAAAAUUUUAAUUUUAUAAUCGCUAAGCCUUUCUAUAUUUGGCAAAUAAUAGUAAAUUAUUAUUAUUUAUAGUAAAUUUAGUUUUAUUUUAUGUGUAUCAUUAUUUUACAAAUAUUCAAUUUCAAUAAUUAAAUUUACUGGGCUAUACUUUAUAUAAUUUUUAAUUCUUUAAAUAUAUUUAUGUAUAAAGAACACUUUUAUAAUUACUGAAAAAAUAAAUCUUAAAAAUAUUUCAUUUCUACAUG